AUGGCGGAGCCUCUGAGAAGAACCUGGUCCAGGCUGCGGGGUAAGCGCGCCUCGCGCGGGGCCGCGCGCCCGGAGCGGGAGCGCGCGCGGCCCGAGGAACCCCGCGCUCCCCCCUCGCCGCUCGCCCCCGGCGGCCCCGAGGGCGAGGACGCGGGCCCGGUCGCCCCCUGCGCGCGCUCGCCCCGCGGCCGCGGCGGAGGCAGCAGCCUCGGGUCCCCGCUGUCCCGGCGGUCCAGUCCGGGCGGCCGCGUCCCGCGGGAGGUGGAGGGCUCGGACCUGGAGGACGAGGACUACUAUGAGAACCUGCCCGGCCCCGAGGGCGACGGCGACGGCGAGGGCUCGGCGGCCCCCACCGUCGCUGCCGCCAGCUCCUCCUCGGGGGCGGGCGGCGGCCGCCUGGAGACGGGCCGGCUGCGCUCCCAGCUCCAGGAGGCCUAUUAUUUACUCAUCCAGGCCAUGCACGACCUGCAGCAGGUGUCCCCGCCCCAGGCGCCGUGGCCCGGGUUAGAGGGGCCCCGCCACCCGACUCCUGCUCCUCCCCCUCCUUCACCUUCUCCCCCUCCGCCUCCCCCUCCCACUCUUCCUCCUCCCCCCUCAACCCCCCCUCCCCGGACGCCGCUGCUCGGCAGCCGGAGCCUGGACAGCCUCCCCGCGUGUGCCCCGCCGCUUUUGCGGCGCUGGUCCAGCGACAGCGCAGUCCGGUACCACGCGCUGCCGGGCGCUCCGCCGUCCAGCGGGGCUGGCCGCUGCUGGGACGCUCCCGAGCCACGUGGAGGGGCGAUGGACAGCCCCGGGCCGGGCAGCGCCUCCCCAGCGCGGCGGGCCGGCGGCGGGGCUCUGCACCCCUCGAGCCGGGGCUGCGGCGCGAGGCCAGCGCGGGGUGCCGGCCCCUCGGGGAGCGCCUUGAGCAGCCCAGCGGCGCCCUCUGGGCUACCCAGAAGCAAAGGGGACAGCCCCGACGGCCCCCUCUGUAAGCCUCCCGUGGUGACCGUGAAGAAGCUGCAGAAGUGGAUGUACAAAGGACGCCUGCUGUCUCUGGGAAUGAAGGGACGCGUCAGUGGGUCACCGUCCCCCAAAGUUCUUGACACUCAAGCAGCCCCACAGUGCCUGGGAGCGUUGAAAACGCAAGAAAGCAAACCCCAUCCUGUACCUCCAGACCAAAGAAUUCUGCUGACAGAUUUAAUUGAAAAUGUUUACUUCUCUUCAAUGAAGAAAAGAGAACUCAGAGGUUUAAAGGACAAUGAACUGAAUGCACAGAGACCGCACAACAGCAUCACAGUCUCUAAGAAACGUAACUGGCUACAUCAGAGCGCUCUAAGGUUUCCUGAUCAGGAAGAAGAAUUUAAGAAGGCUCAAGAGAUCACCCACAUAUUCAGAUCUCCUUCAUUAGCUCAACGUCAUCUAUCGAAAACUGCUAAUGCUACAGACUCUUCAUUGUCAAAAAAUUAUACUUUAGAAUUUAGUGAGGAAAAUGAUGCAGAUGAUGAAGGCGAAAUAUGGUACAACCCAAUUCCUGAGGAUGACGACCAUGUCUUUUACAGUGUCGCUAGUUCUGAGGAAACAAAUCCUGUUAAUUUGGGUAUUUCAGCCCUCACUUUGAAAGCAUCAUCUGGAAAUGACUUGGCAAAACCAGUGAGGCGUGCUGAAAGCUUGCCAUUUUCUUCUGAACAUGUUAAUGUUCAAGUAGCACAGCCAACUGAAAUUAAUCAGGUAGAUUCCAUGUGUUCUACAGAAUUUGUACAGCUGAACAAGCAGAGGUGUGGAUGUAGGACUCAAGAUAGUUCUCUGGUUGAAGAAAGUCCCACUUUGAAACCGAUUACAGGUCCUGGAAUCCCAGUUGCUACAAGUAAGUCUGAAGUAAGUACAGCUGAACAAUCUCCUCCAAGUCCUAACCCUGUGAAAAAAGGUGGCUCCAUCAAUUGGUCUUUUCCAGAUAAAAUCAAAUCUCCGAAAACUGUAAGGAAACUUUCCAUGAAAAUGAAAAAAUUACCUGAACUCAGCCGAAAGCUAAGUGUCAAAGGAACCUUGAGCUAUAUACACAGUUCACACAGCCCCUCCUCCUUCUCUAAAUGUAACUGUCAGAGUAGGAGCCACACAGUCACUUUACCUUCUGGGAAUACCACCCCAGCUGCUCAGAGAAAUGUGAUAAGCCGAUACCACUUGGACAGCAGUGUCUCUUCUCAGCAUAGCUUCGGAAAAGAGAAUUCUACAAGUUCUAAAUCUACUUGCAAAGGUGGUUAUCUCAGUGAUGGAGAUUCACCUGAGCUUAUAAUUAAAUCAAGCAAAUAUGGAUCUGAAAACAGACAUUUGAGAGGAAAGGAAAUAUUUCCAAAUAGUGGUAACAAAACGGAAAUAGACAUUGAUGCUUUUAGACAUUACAGCUUUUCUGAUCAACCCAAGUGUUCACAGUAUCUCUCUGGACUCAUGAGUGUGCAUUUCUAUGGAGCGGAGGAUUUGAAACCACCGAGGAUGGAUUCAAAAGAUGUCUUUUGUGCCAUUCAGGUAGACUCAGUUAACAAAGCAAGAACGGCGUUGCUCACGUGUCGGACGACCUUUUUAGACAUGGAUCACACCUUCAACAUAGAAAUCGAAAAUGCACAGCACUUAAAGUUAGUGGUCUUCAGCUGGGAACCAACACCGAGGAAGAAUCGCGUGUGUUGUCAUGGGACCGUUGUCCUCCCCACCUUGUUCAGAGUGACAAAGACACACCAAUUGGCUGUCAAACUUGAGCCCAGAGGACUUAUUUAUGUGAAAGUGACUCUUAUGGAGCAGUGGGAGAAUUCUCUUCCAGGCCUGGAUGCAAAUCGAGAACCAGUGAUAUUUGGGGUAGAUGUUCAAAAAGUUGUGGAGAAAGAAAAUGUAGGAUUGAUGGUGCCGCUGUUGAUGCAGAAAUGUAUUAUGGAGAUCGAAAAGAGAGGCUGUCAGGUAGUAGGCCUAUACCGAUUAUGUGGUUCAGCAGCAGUCAAGAAAGAACUUCGAGAAGCAUUUGAGAAGGAUAGCAAGGCUGUUAGUCUGUGUGAGAAUCAAUAUCCAGACAUAAAUGUAAUCACAGGUGUCCUUAAGGAUUAUUUAAGAGAACUCCCUUCUCCUUUGAUAACCAAGCAGCUCUAUGAGGCAGUGUUAGAUGCCAUGGCCAAAAAUCCUUUGAAAAUGACUGGAAAUGGUUGUGAGAAUGACUCAACUGACUCUAAGCACACUGUUGAACUUCUGGAUUGUUUGCCUGAUAUUGAAAAGGCAACCUUGAAGAUGCUCUUAGAUCAUCUGAAGUUAGUGGCUUCUUAUCAUGAAGUAAAUAAGAUGACCUGUCAGAAUUUAGCAGUAUGUUUUGGGCCUGUAUUGCUGAGUCAAAGGCAAGAAACUUCACCUCAUAAUCACAGAGUCUUUACUGAUUCCAAAGAACUUGCAAGUGCUCUGGAUUUCAAAAAACACAUCGAGGUUCUUCAUUACUUACUCCAGCUGUGGCCAGUGCAACGUUUAAAUGUCAAAGAAUCAACAGACGCUUUGUUUCCAGAGCAGAAACCUCUGAAUUGUUUGAGACGGAAGAAGCAGCGACCACAGAUGUUGAACUUGAGUGUCACGGAAGAGUCAGGAGUGCUUAGGCCACGGCAAGCCCGAUUGGACAGCCCCCUAAGUAACCGCUAUGCAGGAGACUGGAGCAGUUGUGGAGAAAACUACUUUAUUAACCUGAAAGAAAAUGCGAACGAAGUGGAUUAUGAUGAUGUUCCUUCAGAAGAUACUGAAAGCGGGGAAGAUUGCAGCAAAGCCGAUGGACCUGAUAAAGUAGUUGAACAGCCAAAGCCCACCUCCAAAGAGUGUACAUUUGAAACGUACUUGGCAAUGCAGACAAUAGAUUCUUCAAUGGAUCAAAAAGUUAAUCUCAAAGAUUUACAAGAAAGUAUUGAUAUUUUAAUUGGAAAUCUAGAGCGUGAGCUCAACAAGAACAAGCUCAAUAUAAGUGUUUGAUUUUUAGGGAUGAUUUGUGUGAUAUCCCUAUGGUUCCUUUCCCCCUCCCUCCUCCUUCUGAUGAAGUUUACCCCAAUUUUAAUACCUUCUAAUAAUUCCUGCUUAAAUUAUGCGGUACAUCUAUCUAGACAUUCCAUUCAUCACUACGUUUCCCUCUGCUCACUACAAAGUUAUUCUGGGGUCAAAGACAACCUAAACGUUCUGUGAAUAAAUUAGUGAUAUUUCAUUUCAGAUAUAAUGGAUAUUGAUGAGGAGGAUGCACUUAUUUAUAAAUGUUAUCUGAGAUUAGCCACCUAUAACGUUGUGCUUUGUGGAAGUAGCCCUCCCUUUUCCUGAAGCAUUACAACUGAAACAGACAUUCCUUUUGGAGGAGAAGAACAUUUCAACUGCUUAGCCAGUGUUUGGCAGCAAGAAUUGAUCAAGAUUGAUUCACCAUCGGGUCACAUUUCAUUUGCAAUGCAAAGGCUGCUAUGAUAAAAAAUCUUUUAUAAAUAAAAGUUAAAUUGUAUAAAUAUUAAUGUAUUCCUGUAUUAACAUUUUCAGUAAUUAUUUAAAUGUGCAAAAAUGAGAUAUUUUUCUAACCCAAAAAGUUUGUUUAUAUUUAUAUAAGCACAUAUAUGUAUAGUUAUUUGGAAGGGGGCACCAAAUAGUCAGUUGUGUCAUAAAACAUAUAUGUCAUGAGGCCAAAAUUAGAAUAUACUCCAAAAUAUACUCUUUUCAGGAGAUUUAAGAAGUGUAGAUUGAAAGAGGAAUUUGUGUAGAAACUUGUGCCAAAAAUGACACAGAAUGAUAAUUAUCAUUCUUAAUUUACCUAAGUAGAUAUUUAUCUCCAGUAUCUCAUUUAGAGAUCAACCAUGACACAAUGAAGACAUUUUCUGACUGAAUUGUAAAUAACUGACAUUUGAAAUUUCUUGGUUAUUUAAAGAAUUUGUUGGGUAGUUGGAUUUCAGCUUUGGGCUUUAUUUUCUUCAGUUGUUUCAUCUUGAUGUUGAGAAUUCAAGAAUUGCCUAUAAUUAAUCCUAAACAACCUCGCUGAGAAGUUCUUAUCAUUUCUAUGCAUUUUUAAAAAUUCAGCUUGGUGUUUAAGUUAUUUAUUUACAUUAGUGCAUAUACACAUUGAUAAUGUAACCCCUUUUUUUUCCUGAAGGAAUCUCUUACAUCCUGUGCUUUGUGAAUUUUCAUUAACUUAUUUUGGCUUUAUGAAUCCAGAAAACAGUUACUACAAUGAUUACAAUUAUAUUUUGAAAUGUAAAUUUAGUUUGAAACCUUUUAUCCAGUAAAUCAAAGUGUAUUUUUUUAAACUUUUGUACUUAGAGAUUAUGUAAUUUUUAAAAGUACAGGCAAAUAAAGUUUGAAUUUCCAGUGAGUCUUCAAAGCCUUAUAACCAUUCAAAAAUUCUCUAUAUUUUCUACAUUGAAAUAAUUGGUCACAUGUUCUUAUAAGAUGUACCUUGGCAAUCAUAAACCUUGCUUCUUAUUUGGGAAUCAUAGUGUUUUUAAUAUCAGGUAAACUGGGCUAUUUUUGUAACCGAAGUCAUCAUUUUUAACACGUUAUCAAGAAAUUCCUGAUUGUGUUGUCUGCAUAUAUUAAAUAAACAUUAAAGGAAAUAUUCUAUUAAAUGCUCUACAAAAAGAUUA